AUGUCGAGACAACCCAGACGAUCCAUAGCGAGCGCUGGCAGCGAGUCCGUUGGGAGUAUACAACAGCGAUCCUCUUCCGCCCGGGGAGAGCGCUCCGCCUCAAACCCUGCAUCUUACGUCGGAGACAACGACGACACAGCGCUGCCGUCAAUGGAAUUUCACUCGCAUCAUUCACACUCGUCUAUUGCCCAUCGCCGAACGGGGAGCACCUUGAAAACGGUCAUGCGCAAGAUCUUCAACCGCAAAAGACAAAGUCAGGCCGAUGAACUGGAAGAGAACCCAUACGAAUCCACUUAUGCGAUGCCACCGAUGCGGAAAUCUGGACCACCCAAAGGAAGAUCAAUGCUGGCUGUUCCGCCUCCUUUGAAUUUGAAUUCACACCGGAGUAGUCCACUCUCGGCAGAGAACCUCCAGAUCGCAGAAACCCAUCUGUCUCCGCUGUCCCCUUUAUCCCCUGCAACCCUGCGUGAUUCAAUGCCCGGUAGCAUGCAGCCACGCCGAAGACGCGCAACUCUUCCCAGCGUGAUUUUUUCGGAUGAUGAAUCUCGGUUUGCAGUGGCGUCGGCGAUAUCCGAUCCGCAAGAGGAUAGGAGUUAUAUGCCAGAGCGAAGACACAGCUUGCUCUCCCACCGCCUAUCAAGGAGCACAGAUGCCUUGCGCGAAAUGACAGAUAUCCUACCAGAGACCCUGACCUCUUGGCCACAACGCACAUCAUCCGCGCCUCCUAGGCCAGCCUCAGUUCCUGGCUCGCAGUCCCCGCCAUUAGAUGAAAGCUCUAAUAGUGGGCAGUCGGGGAGGCCCUCAUCGGGAACAACAGUAACCAGUGUGACCCGAAUGUCCGCCGUACCAUCUUUGAUGGAAGUCGACCAGACAGAACAACCAAGUCUCCCGUCGAACGUGGCAAGUCUAGUCAACACAAUGCAGCAGGAUGACAGCGUCACCCUGGAGCAACGGUUGACCACGCUCGAAGUGAAACUAAUUGACCUGGAAUUCGCCAUUGCGCGAAUGCAAACCAACGCAGACUCCUUCCCCUCUCACAUGCGCAACAAACCAACCGCAUUCCUAUCCACAAGCGACCGCGACGAAUCCCCAAGCCCCCUCCCAUCCAUCUCCACCCGCCCCUCCAGCACGAGCACAAUCCGCGCAGACUCAAUGACCUCGCGCACCCUCCGCCCCACCCCAUCAGCCACAUCCCUCUCCGACUACCACGGCGUCUCAAUCGAGCAAUACAGCACGCUAGUCACGCUCCUGCGUCGCGAACAAACAGCCCGCAGAAACUUAGAGACACAAGUCGGCGGUCUGCGCGAUGACAUUCGCGACCUGCAGCGCGCAGCACUCGAGUCCAUGCAGGCUGGUAUGGGAAUGGGCAUGAUGCAGCCCUCGCAUACCACGGAGUCGCGGCAAUUCCUGCGCUUCCGUCGCGCGCUAGAUGACUCUGAUACCCCUCCGGCGCUGCGGUCGGAUGAUAAGUACACGGGUAUUGCGGAUAGUGACUCCGAUUGUGAUCCGUUUGGUCCUCCGAAGUGGGAGCGGCAGCGAGUUGUGACCGCUCCUAUGAUUUGA